UCUAAAUGCGCACAAUACGAUAGUUUGUACAAUAUCGAUGUUUGUAUACAACAAACAAGUUAAAGUAGCCGCCAUGGACGAAUCGUCUGGCAGCACAUUGUCUAACAUGGAACAGACUGCCUCUCUGCUCAAUCACAAUGUUAGCUUUAACAGCAGCAUGGAACUGACCCGAACUGCCGGCGAAGUCAGCACCGGGUCCAUUCCCGAUCUGAGCUUCUCACUGAGCGAAUCCGAACGCAGGAAACUGCUGCUGCGCCAGACGCGGGCUGCCAACAGCACCAUGGAUCUGGUGAGUAAGGCGAACGGCAGCACAACUUUGGAGCAGAGCAGCUGGAUGGAGGACGAUGACGAGGAGAGUGAGAAUGUGAUAAGCAUAGAAGACACAAUGGAUGAGCACCAGCACUCGAAGCAGAAGCAGCCAGAGGAGGAGUAUGUCAACAUUUCUCCACCCCCAGUUUACUUCGAGCGGCAGCUCAUCGAGCUGGGUCGCCGCUGCUGGCCGUCGAGCGCGCAGGCACAGCAUUAUACAAAAGGUUGCUAUUGGUCGCCGGAUGGCACAUGCCUGCUGGUGCCUGUCCACCUGGACGGCAUGCAUGUUAUGGAGCUGCCAUUGGAUCUGUAUGAAGCCAGCAACAUCUCUACAGAGCGCAGCCUGUCCAAAAUGCAGUCGGCUGUCCAUGUACCCGAAGGCGGCACCGUCUACGACUGUGUCUGGUAUCCCCUAAUGAACAGCCAAGAGCCGGAGAGUUGCUUCUGGCUAGCCACACGUCAACACGAACCGAUACACAUGUGGGAUGCCUUUGAUGGACGCUUGCGCUGCAGCUACAGCGGCUACGAUGAGGUUGAUGAAGUGGUGGCUGCCAUAUCUCUGCAAUUUGCCAACGACGGACAGAAGAUAUAUGCGGGCUACAAGCGCUGCAUUAAAAUCUUCGACACCAGUCGACCGGGUCGCAGAUACGACGAAUACCCUGUAAAGUUUGCCAUCUCGUGCAUGGCUCAGAAUGCGGAGUAUCCGCACACAGUGACCUGCGGCAACUGGCGGGGCUACAUACAGCACUUCGAUCUCCGCUGUCCCCCCAAGCAGGGUCCACUGUUCACGCUGGGCGGCCACUCAGCAGGCAUCACCCAACUGCGCUACGGCACAGACGACUCCAACAGCUGGCAGCUGUUCAGUGGCGCUCGCAAGUGCCCAAAGCUGCUACAGUGGGACAUGCGCAACUAUAAUCAGCCUAUGCAUGAAUUCCAGCGUCAGGUCAACACCAAUCAGCGCAUCCAGUUCGAUCUGUGUCCGCAGCAAUCCUGGCUAGCUAGUGGCGACACGGACGGCAACCUCAAUCUGUGGAAUCUCGCGGAUGGCGAGGAAAUCGAGGCCCUCCAGUUGCCUCUGCAUGAUGAUUGCUGCAAUGGCAUCGGUUUUCAUCCCAGCCUGCCCAUCCUGGCCAGUAGUUCUGGCCAGUAUCAUUUCAUAGCAGGCGACAAGCAGCAGCAGGAGGUGCACAACAAUACAACUGUUGCAGGCUCUCAGGACUCAACGCUGUUGGAAGCAAAGUCUUCGGUUUCCUAUGAGAAUGCCGUAUUGUUGCUCUGGUGCGGUCCCAGCACUGAAAAUUAAAUUAUAUAUACUUAAAAUAUAGUUUUUUGUUAA